AUGCUUCCCACAGGCACAGCCUCGCAGACAUCCUCAGAACCUAGUAGCGUGGCCAACACAGGUGUACCACUGGAUAGAUACAGCACCAAAGGCCAGCAUAAAGUACUGCUCGUCUCCUUCGAUGGCUUCAGGUGGGACUACGACCGCGAUGUGGACAGGCCGAAUCUGGACACAUUGGCCAAAGACGGGGUCAAGGCCAUAUAUGUGACCCCACCUUACCUCACCAUCACCAGUCCCACACAUUUCACCCUCCUAACAGGGAGCUACAUUGAAAACCAUGGGGUGAUCCACAACAUGUGGUUCAACAUCACCACCAGUGAGGAACUGCCUUACUAUGUUACCCAGUUUAAGAAUGAGUGGUGGGACAUCUGGAUCACAGCCCAGAGACAGGUGUCUGUGUGUGUUUGUAAGACUGUGUGUAAGACGGUGUGUGUGUGUGCGCGUGACACCUCUCUUCAUCCCCAUUUGUAUAUUCAGGGCCUGAGGGCUGGCUCUCUUCACUUUCCUGGCACGCAAUCCACCUACCAGGGAGAGAUGCAGACAGUGAAGGAAGUGGAACCACGGUUUUAUGACUUCAAAAACGAGACAAAAUGGCAAGAGAACGUAGAGAAGGUGAUGGGCACCUGGUUCAGUGAGAUGGACCUGGACUUUGUGUCACUGUAUUUUGGGGAGCCUGAUGGCACAGGCCACAAAUACGGGCCUGAUUCCCCUGAGCGGAGGGAGAUGGUCAAGCAGGUGGACAGAACAGUGGGCUACAUCCGCAGCUUGGCUGAACAAAACGGACUUGCCGAUAGUCUCAACAUCAUCAUCACCGCUGACCAUGGGAUGAGCAAUGUGUACCGCAACGGCUUGGUGAAGGAGAUCACCCUUUCCAGGAUUCCCGGAUUCUCCUUCAGAGAUAUAGCCUUUCACCUGGUGGACUUUGGGCCCUCUGGGAUGCUGCUUCCCAAGAAGGGCAUGCUGGAUAAGGUCUACAACGCCCUGAAGGGGGCGCACCCUCACCUUCAUGUCUUCAAGAAGGAGGAGAUGCCCAAGCACCUUCACUUUGCUAAUAACAACUGCAUCCUACCCAUCAUUCUCUUCUCUGACCCUGGAUAUGUCAUUAACGGGUUCCUCCCAGUGCAGUUCAACGCGGGGGAGCAUGGCUUUGACAACGAAGAAAUGGACAUGAAGCCCAUCUUCAGGGCUGUGGGGCCGGCGUUCCAAAAGAACCUGGAGGUGGGCCCCUUUGAGACAGUGAACAUAUACCCCUUGAUGUGUCACGUACUAGGCAUCAAGCCUGAUCCCAAUGAUGGCCACCUGGAUGCCACAAAACACAUGCUGGUCUCUGCCACAGAGGACCUCCGUCAGGACAUAAAAUCAAAUAUCUUUGUUGGAUUGGCAGCAGUGGCUGGAUUUCUUGUGGUCUUCAUAGUGGUUGUGUCGUUUAAUGCAUUCAAGAAGGAGAAAAAUGAUAGAAGGUAUGCAUGUCUGAAUAUGUAUACAAAUCAAUGGGAAUUGGAACAUGUGAAGAAUAUUUGCUUGCACAAUCUGAUAUAUAGAAAUGUGUGCAAUGUACCUAAGCAUGUAAUAAGCGAAAAAAGUUGAAUUUGACUAACCACAGAUACAGGCUCAGAUAGGUUUCAUUCUCCUAGUGGUUAAAGGGCAACUGAUACCUCAAACAUACAGUAUUAAAAUAAACAAGCAGACAGAUAUUUGCCCACUGGCAAGUACAGAGUUGCAAACAACUUUGCUUUAAAUGCUUCAUUUCUUUUGUUUAAUGCCAAUGUUGGAUUCCGUCAGUCUCUCUGCUUCUGUCACGGUUUCUUCCUCUGCCAUAACUCAAGACAAUAAUGGACUGAUUGGAAGCUUUCUAUAGUUAAGGUGUAAUUCCUAGAGACAGGUAAACAAACUGAACAAGUCGAGCAGUGGAAACAAUCUGUCAGGGGUAAAAAAUAAAAAGGACAAGUCAAGUGAUCUGUCUGUUAAUACACUUGAUGGUCAGGGUAGAUAUGGGCUGUCAAUUAGGGACAGAGACUGAUUUGCAUGCUGGCUGAGCUCCAGAUUGAUCUCAAUCUGUUCACGUCCUGUUGCUGAUUGUAGUCAGCAGGAUACUGACUCUGCAGUGAGUGAGUGGACCUAUAAGUUUCUGUAUAAAUAAAAGGAAUGGAAAUACCUUUCAAGAGUCUGAAUAUGUCCUUUGUUUAGGGAAAAUAUCCUGUACAUUAACACUGUGCCAAAGUUUUAUGCAGAUGUGAAAA